AGACUAUUUGCUGAAUUUUUUGACGUGGGUGGGGUGUCAGCUUCACACAUGGCAUCCCUCAGGCUUGCCAAAAGUCAGCACAGAGAGCGGGGAAUUUUCAACGGACAGAUCUCAUUUCUCGGCGUGAUCACUGAAGGUGAAGACAGUAUUUUAGAGUGCCGUAAGCGGUUUCACUGGCUCUGGAACAGACGGACUAUACAUCAGAGGCAGACGACCAAGACAUGCGGCCUAAAAGAAAACUUAAGCCAAGUAGAUAUAAUAGAGACCAGGAGGAGGAGGAAAACCUCAGUCCACCGAAAAGGAAGACUGUGUCUCUUCCCAAGGCCCCCGCUAUCCCAAGACCUCCCUCCAAUUCCAGGCGCUUCAUUCUGAUGCCAAAUACAGAAUGUGGGUUUGUUGAGGUCCCCUCAUCUAUUGAGGAGCCUCAGAAUUCUCAGCAUGUAAUGAACCUGGGGUCAACCCUCCGCCAGGCAAUAGAGCAACAUUAUGGUGACAUGGCAGGGUCAGAGCAGCAGCAGAGCAGCAGCAUCGCAGCAUCCCACAUGACCAUCUUCCCUCUGAGUGAUAAGCCUGCCCUGUAUAAACUUGAGAAGGAUCUAGCAAAUCAACCAGACCUCCGUAAGGAACUGGUCAUCACUCUUGGAUUGGCAGGGGGGGCAACAGUAAAAGAAACUGUGUGGCGCAUUUUAAAACAGGCCAUCAAAAAUGACCUUGCUAAGACGAUCUCAUGGCGUGGCCUGAAUGGCAAGGUGCCUUUUGAAAAGCUCCACCUCAGGGCAGUUGUGACAGAUGCUGUCAGACGUAACCCAAUCUGUCUGGAAGCAACUGAUCUGACCAUUGUUGAUGCUAUUAAAAGGUGGUUCUACUGGGCUGGGGAUCGAGAGGGGGGGAGGAAAAAUCGGCUGCCAGGCUCCAGCCAAGGGCAGCCAGCAGAAUAA